AUGUGUUCCACACUGGUCAUUCAUAUUCAGCAACAGAGUAGCAAAGUGCAAGGGCAGAUGUCUUCACUGUGUCUGGUUGUGAUCCCCAGGUUGUGCCAGUCAGCUUUUGUAUGAUAUUAUUUCUAUCACCCACUUUUUGCUUGAUAGGUCACCAGAAGCUACUUGCGACAAAUGGAGCGAAGGCGUAUGUAUUAUUUGAAUAAAUAUAUGCUGCACGUAAUACCCAGCAUGCUGACAACCACAGUGGUACAGUUCGCUUUUCUUGGUUAUCUGAAAUAAAGCUUUGCUACCACAAGUGAGCUUAUUUUCUGAACUAAGUAAGCCUGCACCUGACAAUUGGGGUUACAGCUGUGAUGAAUUUACUUUGGGCAGCCUGCUGAUGUCAGUAGUGAAGCAGCCAAGGACACCCUUUGAAAUAUAAAGAUAGGUCAAUCAAAUAUAGCAGGCUGCCUAUUGGAGAACAGGAGGCAUUCAAAACAUGGUCCUCAACAGUUUGAGCAGAGCCUAUUUCCAUUCCUUCCUGACCCAACUGCUCUCAGGCUUUAGUUUCAUGUCCCAAAUCUUUUUCUGUUUCCAAAAAUAAGCCACUGCUGCCAUGUUGGAGGGAGAAAAACAAGAAGGGGAGUAUUUUUAGGGCUAUUAAUUCUGAUCACAUGCCCAGGAAGUGAACAGAAAAAAUCCUUGCACAAAGACCACUUAUCACUAUGUCCUGUGAAGCCACUCUUCAUUUCACAUUCCCUGCUUUGGUCCUUCUGGGCUUUCUGGCGGAGAUUGCAUUUUUGUAUCCAGUGGUGAACCGAACAAAUGGCAACCUCAUGGACAGAGGAUGGGGAUCUCUCUUAUCCAAGUCCCUGGCUGGGAUGUCAGGAGAAAGUUCUGAUGUCAACUGGGAGACUGACUAUUUGCUAGGAAUCAAGAGACAACGGAGGCUUUACUGCAACGUGGGCAUUGGGUUUCAUCUCCAGAUAUUUCCAGAUGGACAGAUAAGUGGUGUUCAUAAUGAAAAUCAAUACAGUCUCUUUGAACUAUCAUCAGUAGAGCGAGGCGUGGUUAGUCUUUUUGGUAUGAGAAGCAGUCUCUUCGUUGCAAUGAACAACAAGGGGAAAUUGUAUGGCUCAGCAAGUUUCCAAGAUGAAUGCCAAUUCAAAGAAACCCUUCUUCCGAACCACUACAAUGCCUAUGAAUCAUACCUGUACAAAGGUUUUUAUAUUGCACUCAGCAAAUACGGGCGAACGAAAAGAGGAAGCAAAGUCUUCCUUGCUCAGACAGUCACACAUUUUUUACCUAGACUAUGAAGACUAAUGGGUGCUCAGCAAAACUCUUAUUUUGCACAUGUGGACAUUCUUUCAGGUAAAAGAUUCCUGUACAUUUUCUGUUAAUAUUUAUGUAUAUUUGGGAUCUGUUACACAAACCAGAAACAGCUUAAAAAUAGAUUAACUGCAAUUUAAACUUAUAACGAAGCAACAAAUGAUUGACAAAUCAAAAUCUCUAGAGAGAGAAAAAUGCAUAUUCUCAGGUGCCUAUUAAAGGCAGCAUCAUUUAUUUGUUAAAUUCAAAACGUUU